AUGGCAUUUCUCGGUCUUCGCAAGUGGUCCACUCCUGUACAUUCCAUUUCUCUCGUGUUAACACCCAUGGCGCCCUUCUUAGCAGCGAGCGCAGUAACCUUUUAUCUUGUCCCGAAGAUGCAGGAGAUGGGUAUGUACACCAAGGAUCCUAAAAACCCAUAUGGUGCUCAGAUUGCAGAGGAGGCGCAUCAUUAG